CUUUAAGUGCUUUUCGGGCAUUUGGUUACUCUGGACUCACACCUUUGAAAGCUUUAGCACCGACGGGGUCAACUUCGUUUGUCAACUUGAGGGGGCACAGUGUGCCCAGAUAUUUGGUUAAACAUUACUCUGGGUGUGUCUGUCAGAGUAUUUCUGGAGGAGAGAAACUUUUGAACCUGUAGAGAGAGUGCAUUGCAUUGCCCUCCCCAGUGCAGUGGGCUCUUCCAGGCCAUUGGAGAACUGAGCAGAACAAAAAGGAAAGAACACACAUGGAUUGGAUCAUCACCCUGCAGGAUGACACAGUACAACUCCACUGAGCACCAUGAAUAUGAUGAGGAGGUCAAAGGAGAGGAGCCGCAGAUGGCUCAGCAGUGCAUCCAAAAUGAGUAUUUUGACAAAUUGCUUACUGCUUGCAAACCGUGUCACCUUCGAUGUUCUCAUACCCCUCCUCUACCUUGUCAGCGUUAUUGUGAUGCAAUGAAAGAAACGAAUACAAUUCUCUGGACCUGUUUGGGCCUGAGCUUGAUCGUUUCUUUGACAGUUUUCGUGCUGAUGUUCUUGCUAAAGAAGAUGAAUUCAGAACCAUCAAAGAAUGAACGUAAAAACACAGGAUCGGCUCUCCAGAACGAGGUGAACACUGACCAGGAGGAGGGCUGUGCUAGCAGGACUGCUAUGGAGGAAGGUGCAACCAUUCUUGUCACCACGAAAACAAAUGACUACUGUAACAGCCUGCUAGCUAGUAUCACAGAGAUGGAGAAACCCAUUUUUACCAGAUAAUCAACCAUUUCACCUGGUGUAGAGCUGCUUUGAAAAUCCUAUGUCAGAAGGAUGAGGUAUCAGAUCUCUUUAGGAUGAUUGUACUUAUUGGUUGCUGAUAGAGCUUUUUGUCCUGUAAUUCUAGAAAAUCUUUGUUAGAUGUACUUCCCUACCUUACUGUUGGGAGCUUAACUGUGGAAAUUUCCUUGGUUUCAUGAUUAAAUUCUUGACUCACUGAAGAAAAGCACUGCAGUGUGCAGAGCCCAUAGUCCCAUAUUUCUAUGGCUAGCUCCCUUCUCUCCUAUACACACACACACAUAUGUUUCAAGCCAGAUUGGAUUUUUCUCUUUAUUAUUAAUGGAAAGCAAGGUGAUCCUAUGUACUCCUGGAUAUAGGAGAAGCCUAGAGUCAGCCACACUAAUUUAGUGUGCAAUGCGUGAGGGCAAGGCUCCUGACCUUGUGAGCUUUCAGCUUAAUGGAGACAUCAGGCAUUAUUACGAUCCCAUGAAUAAAUGUGUAAUUGCAAACUACGACAAAGGUAUAGUAGGUAUCAUUUUCAGACCCCAAUGCAGGUAAUAAUAAUGAUGGCUAAAACUUAGCCUUACUAGGGGCGCUUGUGUGGCUCAGUCAGUUAAGCGUCUGGCUCUUGAUUUCAGCUCAGGUUAUGAUCUCAUGGGUCCUGGGAUCAAGCCCCAUGACUCAGGCUCUGUGCUCAGCAA